GGAAGUGGGACGUGCCAGCCGGCGGAGGAGCCGGCGGAGGAACCGGCGUCGCGCUGCCCGCGGCGGCUUUGGGGCGCGGCGGCUCGGCCUUGGGCGGAAAGGAGCCAUGGGGCGCGCGGGCGCCGGGGAGCGGGCGGCGGUGUAGCGGCGGCGCGGGGCCCGGGAGCUCGGCGGGCGGGCGACUGCGCGCCCGCGCUCGCGGAGGCCUUCGGCCAUGGCCCCCAUGGGCAUCCGCCUGUCCCCGCUGGGGGUGGCCGUGUUCUGCCUACUGGGCCUCGGGGUGCUCUACCACCUCUACUCGGGCUUCCUGGCUGGGCGCUUCAGCAUCUUCGGCCUGGGCGGCGAGCCGGGCGGCGCGGCGGGGCCCGCGGCCGACGGAACCACGGUGGACCUGCGCGAGCUGCUGGCCGUGUCGGUGCUGGCGGCCGUGCGCGGUGGCGAAGAGGUGCGGCGCGUCCGCGAGAGCAAUGCCCUGCACGAGAAGUCCAAGGGGAAGACGCGGGAGGGUGCCGACGACAAGAUGACCAGCGGCGACGUGCUGUCCAACCGGAAGAUGUUCUACCUGCUCAAGACCGCCUUCCCCAGCGUGCAGAUAAAUACUGAGGAACAUGUGGAUGCAGCUGAUCAGGAAGUUAUCUUAUGGGAUCAUAAUAUUCCUGAGGAUAUCCUGAAGGAAAUAACUACCCCUAAAGAGGUGCCAGCAGAAAGUGUCACUGUCUGGAUUGACCCACUUGAUGCAACACAGGAAUAUACAGAGGACCUUCGCCAAUAUGUCACUACCAUGGUGUGUGUGGCUGUGAACGGCAAACCUGUACUAGGAGUAAUACAUAAGCCAUUUUCUGAGUAUACAGCAUGGGCAAUGGUGGACGGUGGUUCAAAUGUGAAAGCCCGCACUUCUUACAACGAGAAAACCCCAAGGAUCGUUGUGUCUCGCUCCCAUUCAGGGAUGGUCAAGCAGGUUGCUCUUCAGACGUUUGGAAACCAGACUACAAUUCUCCCAGCUGGUGGUGCUGGUUAUAAAGUUUUAGCGCUCUUGGAUGUGCCUGAUAAGAGUCAAGAAAAAGCUGAUUUGUAUAUCCAUGUGACGUACAUCAAGAAGUGGGAUAUUUGUGCUGGCAACGCCAUCUUAAAAGCCCUUGGAGGCCAUAUGACCACCCUGAGUGGUGAAGAAAUCAGCUACACCGGUUCCGAUGGUGUCGACGGGGGACUCCUUGCUAGCAUCAGAAUGAACCACCAGGCUCUGGUCAAAAAACUCCCUGAUCUAGAGAAGACUGGACAUAAAUAAGCAUUACUGAUUACAGGGCACAACUUCUAAAGCUGAAAAUGGCCAACCUGAAAUGCUGGAGGCUUUAAAGGGUCGGUUGAGAUGUGGUGCAUCGUUAAGACCAUCCCGAACUGUUUUGAGUAUUUUUGAAGCAUCAGAAACUUAUUUUCCCUGUAAUAGGAUGCAAGAUCAGGGAAAAUGGGUUGCUUCGUGUCUCCAGUAUUGUCUUUAUUUUUGAGACUAUUUUCGUACAGUUGUCAUACACAAGGCGCGUAUAUAUAUUUAUGAAUUAAAAUCUAGCUGAGUCUGCAUUGUGAAUUAACAUUUUCAGACAACAUCAUGAGUCUUCACUGUUAAUACUUUCAGAUAGAAUUGGGCUGAAGAAAGGAUUGAUUUUGUGUAGAUAUUUAAUGUAACUUUACAAUUAAAUCUCAUUGAAAAUAAAGUAAUUGGGGGUUUUUACCCAUAAUUUGGGUGGAAAGCACAAGAAACCAUACAUCCAUUAAUAUGCAACAAAUGCUCUAUUUAUCCUUUCUGAAUAUUUCUUAUGAUUAAAAUAGAAAACUCUUAAAUUGAUUUUUUCCUUUGAAAUUUUAGUAACAGGUUCACCAGCUAGUAGAAAAUAUAGACAUGAUGGUUUGAAUUUUAAUCUCAACUUCCGUGUUUUUAAGUUUUGUUUUUAUUUUAAGAGAAGUGUGUUUGUACCACCAGGGGUUUGACAUUUCGGCCAUCUUGUUGGGUUUCAUUUUCACUAUGAAAGAUACAUGGCUCCAUCCUUCUUUUCCUCUUGGCCAGUGUUUAGUCCUUAACUUGUAAGAUUUGGUUUAAGAUUUCAGUGUUAGCCCUAAGAUUUUGGUACCUUUUCUCAUUAGAGAUGAUAUACUGUUAGGGAAUAUAAGAUUAUAAAUGAUUCUCUUAUUAAUUGAAAGUUAUUUAGCACUGUAAGAAUUGAACUAGUUUUCCUUAUUUUCAAAACCACAAAAUUUUACCCUUGUUUUAGUACUUGAAAAAAGAAGCUGAAAAAAUCAUUGCUAAGAAUUAAUGAAUGGAUCUAACCUAACCAGACUCUCGAAGUAAUAACCUUUGAGAGACCCCGUGUUUUCCCUUCGGAUUAAAUCAGUGAUGCUUAAAGUUACUUUUUGAUGAAAUUUUUUCCUAUUCGGUCUGCAGAAUCUGGUUGGGAAAAAGGUCGGGACCAAGUCCCUUGUGCCCCGUAACUGAACCUGCUUUGGGAGCUGCCUUUCCUUGGGGUGUCUGGUUUCUCAGUGUGGUGUCUGGCUUUGCCUCUCUUGGAGGUAAAAUUGACUAACAACUGGGUGUUCUAGCCUGGUGGAACAUGCAAAAACUUCAGGUGUGGGUGUCACACUGUCCAGAGGCCUUUGAUCCCUCGUUAAUGAGCUGAUUCUGGGAUGUGCACACGUUUCCAUCUGAUCUCUAGCCACAGAUCACAGACCCGAGAAGGUGGUGGGGCCUUGUUGGGGAGGCCUUUGUUGAGUGAAGAAUCAUUCAAAGUGUGAGUUGGUUAGAACAUUUGGUUUUCAAACAGCACUUGGAAUUAUAGAAAGAGUAUCAGAGGCCUCAUCUUUUUACUUUGCAAGAAGAUGAGGAAACCCUUUUUUCUCAGGAGAGAUGGCAAAAGCUUCUGCUGUUGCCAGAGCCCUCUGGUAUAAUCAGCUGUUUUAAUUGUGAUAUGUCACACUUUCAGGGUAAUUGGACUGGCAUGAUAGGAAAUGGAAUUUAAUUGGAAGGGUUUUUUCCCCAAUAUUAUAGGGAAACUUUCAAAUUUAAUGGAAACAAAACUAGUUCACAUUAGCAAGCGUAAUUACUUUGGUUUUAUUUUUAAGUUCUUUAAUCUGCAUGUAGAAAGUGACUUUGUGAAGGGUUUGUGUUGUGUGCAAGAAUUGAGAUACCAACUGACCAUCAAAUGCAUUGUUUUUAUAAUUUGGGUAUAGUUUAGUUACUAAUGAUUUUAAAUGCUUUUACAGAAUGUUAGGUUUUUUUUUAAAUUUUUCUUCUUUCUAAAAGUAGAUAUAUAUUGCAGAAUUAGAAUGAGUACAAAGAACAGUAUUUAUAUUUAUUUAUUGUGAAACACUAUUGUGCCAGAACAUACCGGUAGAACAUCUUCAUGAAUAAGUCGGAUUAUUCAUUGAGGCAUGUAAUAUCUCUUAAGGUUAAAUAAAUGAAAUUAUUUCAGAAACAGUGCAAAAUAACUGAGGAAGCGUUUGACUGUUAGUGACCCGCACCUCUCAACUCCUGGUCUGCCCUUUCCUUCAUCUUUGCCCUUAUCUCGGGGAUAGUUUUCCCUUACAUUUGAGUCUCAUGCAUCACAUUCAGGAGCAGCAAAGACAUCCCAUCAGUGACCUCAGUAUCAUCAGCUGCCCCCUUCCUCUGCUCCCUCUUUAUCUUCUCUACCCUGUUAGUCAUCUCCCUUGCCUAUUAAUUUUCUCCUUUUAUCUUCUUCUCUUUUUUAGCCAGUGUAUUCCAUGCCCAACACCCACCCCCAAAUUCUCUCUGCACCCAUUUCUCUCAAAGCCUUCUCAGAAAGGAAAGGAAAAUCACCUCUAAAUCCACAAAGCUUUAGAUUGUGAGAUCAAAUCCAGUAUUUCUCUCUUUUCCAAGCAUAUUUUGUGACCCAUCCCUCAAAAAUAUAAAUGUAGAAUAUACGAGAGAGUUGGGUGAAUAAGCCUGUUUGAGAAACCUUGCUUUUUCACUAAGUUUUCAUGCUUGGAUCCCUGUUUCAGUUGAGGUGACAAGGGCCUACAAGAGGGGGUCACAUUUGCCUUUGUUAUGUUUUCCAAUUGCCCUCAUACCCCAAUUUAAGUGGUUUUCUUUUUCCUUUAUUUUGAAUCAAUAAUAUUCAAAUGAAUUUUUUAUGUUUUAUAAUGAAUUAACGUAAGCAUUUUGGUUUGUGUGUUUUAUGUAACAAUUGUGCAAGUUUUUCCUGUUUGCUGCGUGCAUCCGUUGGAUAUUUUGCAAAUUGUGUCAGAGGAGGUGUGGUCCAGGUGGUGGGAAGGAGGUGGGAGAGGAGGUGGAGGCAGCUUGGUGGAAGGCAUGCAGAGAGAGGCUGCAGAGGAGACAUCUGCCCUGACCCUGUGGUCAGGGACUCUGCCCCGCAUCAGAUGCUUAAUUCUAAAAUUGGAUUUCAUGCUGAUUUGAAGGCAACAUCUCUCUCUCUGGAUAGCCCAGCAUAAACAAAAGAAGCUGGAGUGCCACCCCUGUCCCUCAGAAAACAACAUGCCAGCAUGCCUCUCUCAGGUGAUGCCUUGUACACGGCUCCCUGGAGACAGUCUUGAACAGAUUACAGACCUGCAGCUGCCUACCUUGACUAUGUGUUGCAUUGGUCCUGGAUAGAAGCAAUGAUUUUUGCCUUUUAGAUCUUGGUUGAAUUUGAAGACUUAUUUAAUUAUUUUCAGAAUAUGGCUAAAAAAGUCUGUCUUGUGACUGUUGUGUAAAAUAAACCUAGUCAUCCACGGAUUCAUAUUCUAAAAAAAGUUGUGCCUUAACAAUAGGGCAUUGUGUGUUAAUAGGGAAAACAAUACUUUUUUUGAUAGGGAAAAUAGGAACUUUUUGCCAUUAAAACUUAAGUUCUUUCGAUGUUUUUAAUAUUAGAUUUGGGGGAAUUCAUUAAAAUUAAAUAAAGUUGAUAUAAAAUUAUUUUUGCAUAAUCUAGCAUUUACAACUAAAGUUACAUUUUUUAUAACAAACAGACAUCUUGAUGUAUAUAGCUUUUAAAUGGUACUUCAUCUUUAGCGUUUUAAUUUAAAUUAAUGUAAGACCAGGAUAGAUCACAUAGUUUUAUUUUACUUUUAAAUAAAUCAUUUCAUUGUGCUGUUAUAUCUGUUCUCCUAGUCCUCUAGAAUAAUUUUGGUUAAAAAAUUAGCUAUUUAUUGAUGGUGGCGUAUUAAACAUUUAUUAAUAUUAAAAAUACUGUGUUGUAUGACAAAAUGGGAAUGGGGUUCUAAUUCUGAUAUGCAGUUUACAGAGAAGUCGAUAAGAAUUGAACGUUAUACUUCUAAAAGGAGGUUUUGGUUUUCUGAGGUGCUGGUUUAUGUUAGCUUAUUUUUAUUUCAUCAUCGCCUGGGAGGUGUAUGCAUUAUUUCUGUUUCCCAUUGAUAAAUGCUUACAGGAAAGCUUUUAUUUAUUUCUUAUCUUUUUUUAAAGUUGGGUGAUGAAUUAAUUUGGUGGAAAUGAGAUUUAUAAGUCGUUUUCCUUUGAGUUAAUAUAAUCCAAACUGUCAAAAGUUCAGGGUGAUGAAUAAUAUUAAAACAACUUGUUAUAUGUUGUGUUUGUAAGGGCUCCCUAAAGUAUUAUAACAUACUUUGUGUAAUUGCAAAAGCUGAAACUGUGAUGUUUGAUUAGUAGUACGUUCCAUUAAAAUUCUCUGUCAGAUGUAUGUUAUACGCAUAGUAAAUUUUUAUUCAAGAAAGACAUGCUCAUUCUGUAUUUUUUAAAGUAGGGAAUAAAGCCUACCCAAAGUCAUUAGAUCAGUUAACCUACAAAAGGUUCUCAUUUCUUUCUCUGCAAAUUCUUUCUUCUAGCCUUCUCUGUCAUUCAUGUUGAGUUCAGGAGGAAACAUUUAUGGGCUUUAAUUUGCGUGUAAGUAUGGACUUUAAUUUUGUGUACUGUUCCUUGCCGCUACUGGCAGUAGCCAACACUAGCUUUUAAAAGGCUCAGUAACAGGAGACACCGUGUUCCACCCUGUUCCACCAUGACAAGCCAUUGUGCUGCCUGUGUGUGUUUUGCCCAUUUGGCAGUGUAACGCAAGCAUCUAGACACAUGCACACAAGGGGUUGAGCCACACUACAGCCAUGUCUCUGUCCCUGCCUCUUCAAAUUGUAUUCUCACUUCCUGUGAAUUCUUUUCUUAUAACAGUCUAACUUGAUAAGGGGGAUUAAAAUGAAACAAAUAAUUUGCCUUUGAAUGUCCCUUCCCCUUUCACACAUUUAAAACUGUAGAGGAACUAGAGAACAUCCUGUUCCCAAGACAUGCUUAGACACCAGUCGUGCUUACUCAUGCUCCUGACCUGUUCCUCACCCACACCACUGAAUGUAAGCACCUCCCAAUUUUAACCUCUACCAGGAAGUAAGCCCUCCUCCAUGUUUUUGGAGCAGUUUGUGUGUACCUCACUUGAUAGCAGUCAUUUUUAUGUAUGCUGUACUAGAUGUAAACUUCUUAAGGACAGGGAUUGUGUCUUGUUGAUUUUGUAUUUCCACCUCAACCCCAGUGUCUUGCACAAAUUAGGUGCUUUAUGUAUGUUGAAUUAAAUUGAAUAAAAAGUUACUGCUAA